GCACAGGGCUCACACACACACACAGACACACAAUACUACCGACAGAUCCGCGUCAGGAGCCCAGCCGAGGCGAGCACAUUGGAGCGCAUAAAAGCUUCUUCUGUGAGAGGAAACGAGAGGAAAACGCAGGGAAAAAAGAAACAGAGGAAAUCCCCCGAAAGGAAAUGCCAAUCGCAGCCGCUGGACAGCCGACGACCCAGGAGCCCAGAGUUUGCCCCCGGCUGCCCUCCACCCCGGAGCCUGUCCCUAAAGGGGCUGAUUUAUUCGACGAGGCGGGGGCGGCGGAGUCGGCGGAGCGAACAGAGUACGGGGGCUCAGAGGGGGGCAGAGGACUCGGGGGCUAUAGUUACACCCAGAGCGGCGCUAGGGGCUUUGCACAGCCAGGAUCCACCAGCUCUCCGCCGCAGUCCCCAGCCGCGUCCUCAUCCUUUCUCCUCCACCCGCUCCACCCGCACCAAAUGGCAAUGGAGCCCCCAAGGACUCGAUCGCGUUCUCGCUCUGGAUAUUACCAGCAGUACGGUGGUGGUGGUAAUGGCACUGGAUUUACCGGCAGUGGAGUCAUGGGAUCUAACCAUCACCAGCUUCACCAUCAGCAGCAGCAACUAUAUCCGCAGCAGCAGCAGCAGCAGCAGCAGCAGCACGGUGCCGGUUGCGCACCACUUGGAGCUCACAGCAACCACCCGGAGAACCAGCAGCGAUCCCCAGGAAGUAACACCUCUCCCGGCAUUCAGAGGCUUUCUUCCGUUCCCGGAGCGCACCGCAUCCCGGCUGCAGGAGCCUCUGGUGGAUCUUACCACUGCUACCCAGACCAUGCAUAUGGAGAGGAGAGUGAUAAGAGUGAGGAAAGCCCCAGUCCAAAGCGCCAGAGGCUGUCCAGUCAGUCUGUUUUGGAACAACUAACCUCAUCUGCUCCCCCACCUUCCACGCCGUCUCCCCCCAUCCGCCCCUGGGAGUCAGGGCCCCCAAGCCGGAGACAACCUCACCCCCCUCCUGCUCGGCACAGACGCAGCCCACCAGCAAGGCGUCAGCGUGGCCGUCUAUCCAGACCCACGCGUCAUUUGCCUCCCCAUCUGCAGCCCUCCACCCAAGGCCCUGCACCUCGCCUGUCGCCAUCCGAGCUCCAGGAUGAAAAUUUCCACCACAACCCCCAUCCCUCCACACACCAGACAUACCCAACACACCUGCCCAGCGCCUAUGGUCAGCCCCUGACAGCUGGUGUUGGCGGGCCAGGGUCGGACGAGCCCCGGGCUUUCCACCCCCCUACCCUGUCGCCACGUCUACUGCAUCCAGCUGCUCACCACCACCACCACCUCCAUCAUCAGCAUCAGCAUCAUGCAGCACAACAACAAGGAGCCAUGGUCCUAGACCUGCAUGAACAGCUGCAGCAGGGCAGUGUACCAGUGUCCUACACGGUGACCCCAGUCCCUCCUCACGGUCUCGCAGCACCUUUGUGUAGCGGUCAGCACCUUCCCCCUUCCUGUUCUUCACAACAGCAAGUCCCCGCUUGCAGCGUGGUCUUCAGCACUGGACAACACUACCACCCGAUGCUACAGGCAUGUUCAAUGCAACAUUUGCCAGUGCCCUAUGCCUUUCCGUCACUGCUGACCAGUGACCCUCAGUUCCUGCUUCCUCCUCCACCUCACCUCUCUCACCACGCGCCUCACCUCCCCACACCCGGACAGUUCCUGCCUUUCCAGACCCAACAGCCUCGAUCGCCGUUACAGACGAUCGAAAAUGAGGUCGAGCUUCUGGGAGAGCAGCUUUCAGUGGGUGGAGGAUUCAGCUACGCCCACCACCACCACCAUCACCACCAGCCUCCCUCCACCUUGCCGCCCUCCACCCCACUCCAGUUCCUCUCACACCAUGACCCCCUGUCACAGGAGCUUUUCACAGUGCCCUAUCCUCACUUCAUGCCUCGUCGAUUCACAAGCCGGCGCUACCGCUCUCCGCAGGCAGUUCCCCCGUCACCCUACCACCCCAGCUUCCUGCCUUACUUCCUGUCCAUGCUUCCUGUGCCCCCAAAUGUGGCCCCCACUAUCAGUCUAGAGCUGGAUGUGGACGACGGAGAGGUGGAGAACUAUGAGGCCCUGUUGAACCUUGCAGAGCGUCUCGGAGAGGCCAAGCCACGUGGUCUAACUAAAGCCGAUAUAGAACAGCUUCCAUCAUACAGGUUCAACCCCAACAACCAUCAGUCUGAGCAAACACUGUGUGUGGUGUGUAUGUGUGACUUCGAGUCUCGCCAGCUCCUCAGGGUUCUGCCCUGUAAUCAUGAGUUCCAUGCCAAAUGUGUAGACAAGUGGCUGAAGGCCAACCGGACCUGCCCUAUCUGUCGAGCCGAUGCCUCAGAGGUCCAGCGGGACUCUGAGUGACCUCGUCUGCUCCAACACCUACAAUCUCUUGCUCCCUUCGACUCCCAUUUGGAUGCACCAACGUCUUUCCUUUAAUAAUACAGUAUACAAUUCACACACUCUGCCACAGAACUGGGACCAAUGCUCCUUAAUGCUUCACUCUUUGUCAUCGAGGACACCAAACUGUCAUUCUCACAUGGGAUCAGCAUUUAUGGGUGUGGGAACUUUCUACUGACUCAUGCUAACUUGAUUGCUGGACUUCCUAUAGGCCUUCUGUCCUGAACUACUACUCUGCCUUCUACUCACAGUUCCUCCUUUCUAUGAAUGGCCUUUACAACACACAAUGACAUGUGCAGGUGGAGAUAUAAAUGUGUAUUUUUUCAACCAUUCCUCUACGGAGAUGGACAGACAAACAGACUGCUUUGAAAAAUGUCUGUAUAGUUGUACUAACAAACCCUGAGGGAGAAUUGGCAGCCCAAAGAUAAUUUUUGGUUUCAUUAUUAUUGUGGUUAUAAUUAAGCAUUCACAUCUUGCUUUGCAGAGUCAUUUUUACUAGAUUUUUUUUUUCUACUAGACCUUAUUUUCAUUUGCGUGUAUUCAUGCAUUCCUUUUGUUGUGAGAGCUUUGUGUAUGGGGUAAAACAAAAGAUACUGUACACUGGGUCAAAGGGUCAGCGUCUUUGGGGCAGUGAAAAUAGUGUGUGUGUGUGUGUGUGUGUGUGUGUGUGUGUGUGUGUGUGUGUGUGUGUGUGUGUGUGUGUGUGUGUGUGUGUGUGUGUGUGUGUGUGUGUGUGUGUGUGUGUGUGUGUGUGUGUGUGUGUGUGUGUGUGUGUGUGUGUGUUCUUUUCCUGUGGUAUUUAUACAGUUCGUGUUGGUACAGUCCAUGGACUGAAACCUAAAUCCAGUUUUUUUUCUCCACUCUAGAUUGAUUUAACUUCAGACCUUUUAAAGUUGAGGUUUUGCUCAAAUGUCCUUAAGUUUAGGAGCAGGAACUUCUCCAGAGAAGUCAACAAUGCUGUGACAUGACUCUUGAUGUUUCCGUCACAUGUUAACACACUGUACCACCACGUCUCCAUCGCUUCAUACCUGCCCAUCUACACUGUUCCUAUGUGAAAUGAGUAAAGGGUGGAAGCUUUUGAGAUACAUUUUUUGUGAUGCAGUAUUUCCUUCACACAAUGAAACAAAUCAGGACUAUUCAUCUGCCUCCACAUAUCCACUAAGCUCUCCUCCAAGUGAAUAGUUAGAUAUUACAGAGCUGACUAGGUGGAUUCAUUCAUGGAAUCGGGCAGUUGAAGAUAUGGCGUCUGUACCUGUCUCGGUACCCAACCAUCAUUCUGUGUGUGUUGGCAGAUACAGAUGCAGUGUUUUCUCCAUCACUUAGUUAUAAAGAGACUUGAGAGGUCACAGUUAAAUCUACUAUGUUUCACCGGACGGCAAAUCUGACACUUCAGCACUUUAAUACGUAGAUCUAAGACCAACACUCUAUUUCUUUUCAUUCUCAGCAAACCACUUUUCACAGUUUGUGUAUUUGUGCAAAAAAUUUCAAAGCAUUACAACAUAAAUCAUCACUUAACGUUAAUCCUUCUGUGUUCUCACUGCACAUUUGUACAUGUCCAGACAUUUUCCUUUUAAAAUCUGUGUAAGGCCUAUGUCAGCAUGUCAUAAUGUAACUCCAGGAUGUUCACCUCGUGCACAGAGCAGACUCUUAUGUAAUUUAUCACUAUUUAUCACAAGUGGUAUUUUGUGUCAUGAUGACAAGCUAACAUGGGCCUUUUCAGAGCUUGUGUUGACAGAAGGUCGUUUUGGAAAGCUAAACCCGGCGCCGACAGUCUUACAUCUGAGAUGCCUUUUUUUUUUAUAAAACUUAAUUUUCCAGGUACAAGUGGAAUCUAUCCAGUGUCACGACAUCAGACCAAUACAUGUAGAAACCAGUUUUAGAUUUAAAGAGUAUCUGUGAGAACCUUCAACUUCUACAACUCCUCCUCAGUGUUGUCAGUGUAUAAAGUCAUGUAAUAUCUAUGGGAGUGGAGGGAAACUAUAUUUUCUGUCAUUGUUCUGUUUUCCUUUGGGGUCAAAGGUCAUAUUUAUGACCAUAUACAUCCAUUUUGUGUCUUAGGAUUGUUUUUGUGUUGGACAGUUUUCUGUUGCUUGGUACACUAGCAAUUACCUCAGUCCCACUAUUUAUGUCUUUGCAGAAAAUGGUGCAACCAGUAUGAUUAGUGCUUAUCAAUUCAUUUUGCUAAUGUUUUUCAUGCAAGUUGUUGGGUUGUUUGAACAUUUUGUUUUUCCUUUUAAACUCUAUGAAACUAUCAUUAAAAUGGUGUCAUAGUAGUUUCAUCAUGUAUUAUAUCUGUAACCAAAAUCAUUUGAAGGCUUGUUAUGAUGAUGACAUUUUUAACAAACAUUUGUACAUUUUGUAUGAGAGUUAUUACUAGUAAUACUUUAUUAAGUAGUGCAAUGAUUUUUUUAAUCCCUUACCCCAUCUUUUGGAUUUCAAAAGUUGGAUCAAUAAUAAAUGUAUAACAUCCUCUUCUA